CCCCGCAGACGAGCGCCAGUUGUCCGCAAGCCAGUGAAUGGUGACGGAGGUGCGCGCGUUGCUGCGUCGCUCUGUGUGGCUCGCUCGUCCCCGUAACCAUGAGUGACCGCCGCUGCCACCUGUCCGCCCUUGCCGCCGCGGCCGCCGCCCCGCCAGCCGUGUGUCCGUGGAUGUACAGUCUUCGUCUUACAAACUAACAACUCAGUAGUGACAUUGAGUACCACUGCAUUGCGCCGAACUGUGUGCACCCCCGCCGUGAGUGGUGCCCGCUGAGAGGAGGCUGCGUGGUGUCCAUGUGAGGACACGCUCAGCAGACUUCAUCUACUAUUCUAGUCAGAAUCAGCGGUACGCCCACGCCCGCCCACGCCCGUGGUUCCUCAACUAGUCAGUCUCACAUGAUGCUCCUGCUCACGCCCCUCGCGUCUUGCCCCCUCGAGUGUACCAGUGAGCGUGCAGUGCCGUAACCUGCCCUGAGCCGGAGACUAGUCAAGGGCGUGCGUGGAGACUCCCUUAGUGUGGGCGGCCAAGGCACCACCGCCACCAUGAAGUACGGUGACAACUUUGUGCGGUCGAUGCGCCGCUCGUUGCGCAUCAAGAAGAGCAAGAGCGUCACCAUCACCAACAACAACACCAUCAAGCGAAAGUCGGACUCGUUCGUCAACUCGCAGGAAUGGACCCUGUCCCGCGGAGUGCCAGAUCUGCGCCUCGGUAUCGUGGGCUCCCUCUCCUCGGGGAAGUCCGCUCUGGUCCACCGGUACCUGACGGGGUCGUACAUGCAGGAGGAAAGCCCCGAAGGCGGCCGCUUCAAGAAGGAAAUCGUGCUGGACGGCCAGAGUUACCUGCUCCUUAUCCGGGACGAAGGCGGACCCCCUGAGCUGCAGUUCACGGCCUGGGUGGAUGCCGUCAUCUUCGUGUUCAGCCUGGAGAAUGAGUCCUCCUUUAACGCCAUCUACAACUACUACGCCAAGAUGGCCCACUACCGCAAUACCGCCGAGGUGCCGCUCAUCCUGGUGGGCACGCAGGAUGGCAUCAGUGAGAACAACCCCCGUGUAAUCGACGACGGCCGCGCGCGCAAGCUGGCCUCCGAUCUGAAGAGGUGCUCCUACUACGAGACUUGCGCCACCUACGGUCUCAAUGUGGAGCGAGUGUUCCAUGAUGCAUGUUCCAAGAUUGUGGCACAGCGUCUAAGUCAACAGGGCCUCACACCCAACAAUUCUCGGCCCGGCACCCCGACUCACCUGCUUCGCUACGCCCCCACCAACAACGGUUACACUCCUGCCCCUUACUCCAACAUCCCCACGCCCCUCACACCCCAACUUACCUCAGGCCAGCAGAUCACACCGCCAAUCUCUGGUUCCUCACCUAGUCAUGUUUAUACCAACACCAUCACUAAGUUGCAAGCACUUGCCAAAUCAUCAAGCCAAAAAUUGCCAUUCCGGUCAAGAACACCUGAAGCUCAACUUCAAGUGCCUGAAGAGGAUGGCACCUUGAGGAGUAGCCAUGGGAGUGGUGCCGAGCUGACUGCCAUGACACGCACAGACUCCAUCCGGGAUGAUGGGUUCAAGCGGGUGAGUGCCCCUGGUGCUGUCACCACAGCCACCUUCAUGGCUCCCCCACCCCCACCCUCUACCACCACAACUACAAGCACCACGACCACACCUGCCAACAUCCUCACCGAUACCAUACCACCUCCUCGGGACAAUAAGGACCUCCCCACCCCCAGCUCCACCCCAACUACCUCCCGUAAGAGCCGGAGAAAGUCCAAUCUCUUCACUCCCAAGAAGAGUGAUGAGAAAGAGAAGAACAAGAAUGGGGAGGUGGGCAGUGGGCGAGCCAUCCCCAUCAAGCAGGGUUACCUCUACAAGAAAUCCAACAAGGCCCUCAACAAGGAUUGGAAGAAGAAGUAUGUCACCUUGUGUGAUAAUGGAAGACUCACCUAUCACCCUAGUCUGCACGAUUAUAUGGAAGAUGUGCAUGGGAAAGAAAUCUCACUCCAGUACACCACUGUGAAGGUUCCCGGCAUGAAGCCUCGAGGCUCCAAGGUGGUGGGAGGCAGUGGCAGCAGUGAUCCCCUUGCUUCAGAUCUGAACACCCUCAGCAUUAACCCCACAGGUACACCGGGCCCGCCCCUCGCUGGCCGAGCAUCACUCACCGGACCGGCACAGUCAAACAAAGACAAGGUGACUCUCAUGUCCUAUGAGACGCUCCAGGAUCCAGCAGGAGUCAAUGGCAUUGAUUCCAGCAGUAUCUCUUCCAAAAUUGAGACACCCAAUGUCAAGAAGCGACACAGAAGAAUGAAAAGCAGUGGAAACAAGAAUGCAGAGUGUGAAGACUCUGAUGGGUAUGAAUUCAGUCUGGUGUCCCUGGACAACAAACAGUGGCACUUUGAGGCAGCCAGCCAGGAGGAGCGGGAUGAGUGGGUGACAGUUAUUGAGCAGCAGAUUUUGUGCUCUCUUCAGGGCAAUGAGUCCAAUAAGAGCCGGACCCGCCAGGCCCACCCCAUUGAUCCACAGGCCAUCAUUACCAUCAAGAACCAAGUCCCUGGGAACCUCAACUGUGUUGACUGUGAUGCCCCCAAUCCUGAGUGGGCCAGUAUCAACCUCGGGGUGCUCAUGUGUAUUGAGUGCUCGGGCAUCCACAGGAACCUGGGCUCACAUAUAUCCAAAGUCAGGUCACUGGACCUUGACGAGUGGCCGUCUGGCCCAGUUGCAGUCAUGAUGGCUCUUGGAAAUGAAGUUGGCAACCAUGUGUGGGAAGCCAGUCUGCGAGGCCAAACCAAACCCAAUCCUCGCUCAAGCAGGGAAGACAAGGAACGCUGGAUCAGGGCCAAGUAUGAGGGUAAAGAGUUCUUGGCUCACCCUCAGUCAAACAUCCCCUUAAAUGAACAAAUUGUAGACUGUAUGUGUUGUGGAGACACCAAGCGACUCUCAGCACUGCUUCCCCAUGCAGGGGACGCCAUCAAUAACCCACUGGCACCUCCUCGAGACCUGAGGACACCCUUGCACUUGGCUGCCAGCUUUCCCUCCUUACCCUGUGUACAGCUGCUUCUCUGGUACAAUGCCAAUGUGAAAGCAUGUGAUGCAGAUGGACGUUCAAGCCUCUUCUAUGCCCGAAGGGCAGGAGACAAGGAAGUUAUUGAUCUUUUACUGCAGAAUGGUUGCCCAGACACUAGUCUGGUGGUGCCACCUCAUACCCCUGCCCUUAGCCACUCCACCCUGCCACACUCCACCACCAGCACCACACAGCCAUCUACUCUUCCACGGAGGAAAGGGUCCAUCAGCCGAAAGCCAGAUCUUGAUAAACUUCAAGCUAGUGUGAUAUGAGAUAGUCAUACUCUUCCCUUAAGGCGGGUGGAAUGCAUGACAGUUUCAGAUUUCACCAUAUGAUUGUGAUCUAAAGUUUAAUACUACAUUCCUGGUCUUGAUUUGUAUUUAUGGAGUUCAUAUUAUCACUUAAUAAAUUACAUUAUUUUUUUGUUUUACAUUUGAAAAAUUCAUCUUGGUUUUUCAUCACUCAUAGUCAGAGUCAUCCAAUGACAUCUUCAAAACUGUCCAUUUCUUUCCUCAUUCCUGUGUGUGUAGUGAGUCUCUUUAGGAAAGUGCUUCCUGAAAUAAUUACGCCAAAUAUCCCACAUUGCUAUUCCAAGUAGGCUCCCAGAUCACACUCAGUAUUAGAGGAUCCUGAGGCACUCACAUCAAUUUCCAGGAGUCUACCACUGAAUAGUGAAGCAUCCUCAGCUGGGAGUGCUCUGUGGUGUCCCAUCUCUUGUGUGCGGGACACCUGCAACUCAAGGUAGUCACUCAUGUCAUAAACUAACAUAUUUUUUGAAAGUAUUGGUGGUGAUUAUUACAAAAUUGUUUAUACAAGAGAUGUGCUCACCAUACUACCAUUUGUACACAUCAUCAUCCUGCACCUCCCACUGUCAUCACCUGUACAUAGAGAUGUCUUGAAGGAUUACUUGUACCAAAGGUUGAAUGCGAGUGAGAUUUAUAAUGUAGAUUUAUGUAUGUAUGGUAUUGGUUUAGUCACAGUGUAUCCUGCUCAAGAUACAAAAUUAUUAAGCCAAAGUUCAUGUAAUAAUAUUAUUAUAGACACACCAGGAAGGUGUGUAAGUGUUCCACCGGCCUGUUGGAGGAAGAACAUUCUCAGACACAGUUUUCAGAGGUCAAAAAUAGAUAUAUGGUCAGUAAACAUGAGUUAACAGGAACCUCACAUUAUCAAGUAAUAUUUGCUACCAGUGAGCUAAAAAAGAAAAAAAAAUGCUCAUUUUGCUGGCAUGUCAGAUAAAAGACAGUCGUUUUCCUCAUCAACUUUUCUGCCAUGACUGUUCUGACUGGUGUCUUGGAUGUUAUUUUCUUCCAUCGUUGUGCCAUGUUCUUCAUUGUUCUUUCAUGUAUAUUUGUGUGUCUGCUGUUCACUUAGAAGGUUAUGACACAUACCAGGUGAGCAGCAACAUGAUAUCAUUUGAUGCAUAUAUCAUAUUCAUUGAGACAGAAUCAUUUUGUGGAUAUUGUUAGUGUACAAAUUUGUUACUUAGCUAUUGUCUGUAAAUUUGUACAUACAUAUAUUAUAUAUAAAUAUAUAUAUUUGA